AUGUCAGAAAAAAGAGAAAACUUUUAUGAGUUUAAUGAAUAUGUAAAAACCUUUGAGAAGUCCACUUUCUUGAAACAUAGAGUUCAUUUGGAGAUGAAACACUAUAAAUAUAUUGAAAGUAGAAUACACAGAGGAGAGGAAGUCUGUGGAUGUGAGCAAUGUGGAAAACCAUUCUAUGAAAAGUCAAAGCUAACCAAACAUCAAAGAAUCCAUAUAGGAGAGAAACCUUAUGAAUGUAAUAAAUGUGAAAAAUGCUUUUCUAGGAAAUCUCUCCUCACUUUACAUCAGAGAGUCCACACAGGAGAGAAACCCUAUAAAUGUAAGGAAUGUGGGAAAUGCUUUUCUAGGAAUUCAUCCCUCAUAAUACAUCAGAGAACUCACACAGGAGAGAAACCCUAUGAAUGUAAGGAAUGUAGAAAAAGCUUCUAUCAUAAGUCAUAUCUUACAGUACAUCAGAUAAUUCACACAGGGGAGAAACCCUACGAAUGUAAUCAAUGUGGAAAAACCUUCAUAAGCAACUCUGUUCUCACAAUACAUCGUAAAACACAUACAGGCGAGAGACCCUAUGAAUGUAAGGUAUGUAGCAAAACCUUUUGCCACAAGUCUGAUGUCACUAAACAUCAGAAGACUCACCUAGGGGGAAAACCCUAUGAAUGUAUUCAGUGUGGGAAAACUUAUAGUCGUAACUCAGGCCUAAAAGUACAUCAGAGAACACAUGCAAAGGAGAAACCCUAUGAAUGUACUGAGUGUGGGAAAUCCUUCUCUGAGAAAUCAGUCCUCACAGUACAUCAGAGAAUACACACAGGGGAAAAACCUUAUAAAUGUAAUGCAUGUGGAAAAACCUUCUACAAUAAAUAA